GGAAGUGCAAUGGCACGGUCGAGAGCGUGUCAAAGCUGGUCGACAUGUUGAAUGGCUGGAAGAUGAAGUCGAAUGAGGGCGUUUCGGUGGAGGUGGUGGUAGCUCCAUCCUCCGAACAUCUCCCGCUGGUAAUGAGCAAGCUCGGCAAGGAUGUCCACGUGGCAGCACAGGAUUGUUGGGUGGAGAAGGGAGGUGCUUUCACCGGGGAAUCUAGCGCCGAACAGCUUGCGGGCCUCGGCAUUUCCUAUGUCGUCACGGGAAACUCCGACAGAAGACUUAUCUUGAAAGAGAGCAAUGAAGUCGUUGCUCAAAAGUGUGCCUACGCACUCAGCAAGGGGUUGAAGGUGAUCCUGUGUAUGGGAGAGACGCUUGAGGAGAGGGAGGCGGGAAAUACGAUGAAGGUGUGUGAAGAGCAGCUGCAGGCCGUGCAGGCGGCCAUAGGUCAGGGGGACUGGGAGAACUUGGUCAUCGUUUAUGAGCCCGUGUGGGCGAUGGGUACGGGGAAAGUAGCCACCCCUGAAGAGGCAGGGAAGGUGCACCUGGAAAUAAGGUGUUGGCUGACCGAUCAGAUCAGUAACGAAGUGGGAGAGAUAACGCGUAUCAUCUAUGGAGGAUCUGUCACGGCAGCGAACUGUGAAGAACUGGCAAGACAAGACCACGUGGAUGGUUUUCUCGUCGGCGAAGCUUCGCUGAAGCCGGAGUUCAUCGAUAUCAUCGUCAACUCCGCCAUGGUGAAAGAGGAGGAGGGGCAGGAAUGUUACAUUUAGUGAACAGACAUGGGUUCAAACCCUGAUGGAAUCAGAUGAACACAACAAUGUA